UUUGGGUCGUUGUUACAAAGAAAAUAAUAAGAGUAUAUAAUAAUACAAAUCUAGACAACCUAACCUUAGUACCUUACACAUUCUUUUCAAUUAGCAAGGUUUUUCCAAUCAUCUUCCAUUUUCUCUAAUCCUUGUAGGAAAAACCUACAUAAUAAUAAUUGGAUAAGAAAAAUACCAAAAAUCAAAGCCAAAAACCCAGGAAAUAUUCAUAAUUAUGUGUCCUUUAAGAUUCAUUUUGGUAUUUUUCUCAGCAAUUUUGGCUGGAUUUUUGGCAUGGAGAUCAUUUCGUUCUUCACCUGAGCUUCAAUUUGGGAUUUCUGAUGAUUUGGUUGGGGAUAAAACAUCAUCAUCCAUUCAUGAUAAGCAAGAAAAAACAUAUAAAAUGAUGAUUCAAGAUGGUUUCUGGGUAUUUGUUGAUAUGGCUAGUGGAAGGUAUUUAUGGAGGAAUUUGAAGGAGAUGAAGACAGUGGAAAAGGCAAAAAGUUGUUGAUAAUUCUUCAAAGAAAUUAAAUGUUUUUCCUGAUUAUGAAAAUCUUUGUGUUUUUUACUUUUUAGUUGCUAAAAAUACUAAAAUGUGUAAAUUUUGUUGACUGAUUUGUUGUUCUAAUUUUAAGGUUAGGGAUUUUCAUGAGUCAAAUAACUUUGUAAUUUUAAUUUGGGCAUGAUUUUUGCUCAAGAGAUUAAACCCUUUUGGGCGUGUUUGGUAAAUGACAUUUUUGUUAGUUUAUUUUGCUUAACUAUUUUAAGUAAAUUGGGCAAUUGGCAAUUGACUUUUGAUUUUUUUUCGAUUUUGUUAUCAGUCAAUAACAAAAUCAAUCAAAUCAGGUCUAGUUUGUGAGAGCUUUUUAAAUAUAGUGUAGCAAAUUCAAAGGAACAGAUAUAACAUCAAACUUUUUCAUGAAUAGAACUUUUCUAGCGAGUUUCGGUCUUUCAUUACCCCAAAAGAUAACUAAUAA